AUGGCUUCAUUGAGAGGGAUUCAAGAUUUAGACCUUUCUCGCAACAAUUUUUCUGGCGAAAUUCCAAGGUUUUUAGAGGGCUUUGUCUUCUUGAAGAAUAUGAACUUAUCCUUCAAUGAACUUUGGGGAGCAGUUCCGACUGAAGGUGUUUUUAAAAAUGCUAGUGCAACUUCUGUUGUUGGAAACAUCAGGCUCUGCGGUGGUGUUGCUAGUCUCCGGCUGCCCAACUGCAGCUCCAAAGAGUCCAAGGGAAGAAGAAGACUGUCUCCUAGACUGAAAUUAAUAAUUUCCAUAGUCUCUGCCUUUCUAGGAAUAGCUCUGGUUUUUGUCCCUUUAUAUCUCUGCUUGCUAAGAAAGAAGGGUAAAAAAACUGCAUCAUCAAGCGCCAACCUGGCAAACUCUAUGCUGCAAGUCUCAUAUGCUACUCUUCUAAAAGCUACUGAUGGGUUCUCUUCAGAUAAUUUGAUUGGUUCUGGUAGCUUUGGAUCUGUGUACAAAGGAGUUCUUGAUGAUCCUGAUAGGUCACCUCAACUUGUUGCCAUUAAAGUUUUUAACCUGUCACGCCAAGGAGCUUCUAAGAGCUUCCUAGCUGAAUGUGAAGCGCUAAGAAAUAUCAAGCAUCGAAAUCUUGUCAAGAUUAUAACCGCGUGUUCAAGUGUUGAUUUUCGCAGUAAUGAUUUCAAGGCUCUUGUUUACGAGUUCAUGGAAAACGGAAGCUUAGAGGAGUGGCUGCAUCCAACUUCACCCAAGAAUCUGAGUCUUGUUCAGAGGCUGGACAUUGCCAUGGAUGUUGCUUGUGCUCUGGAUUAUCUUCAUAAUCAUUGCGAGACACAAAUAGUUCAUUGUGACCUCAAGCCAAGCAAUGUUCUUUUGGACAAGGAAUUGACUGGCCAUGUUUCUGACUUUGGACUAGCAAAAUUUCUCUUGAAACUAACCAGCAAUGUGUCAGAAAAUCAUCAAACAAGUUCCAUUGGGUUAAGAGGAUCAGUUGGCUAUGCAGCUCCAGAGUAUGGCAUGGGAAGUGAGGUGUCAACUUAUGGGGAUGCCUAUAGCUUUGGCAUUCUGUUGUUAGAGAUGUUCACAGGGAAGAGACCUACUGACGACAUGUUUAGUGGCGGCUUCAACCUUCAUAAUUUCGCGAAGAUGGCUUUCCUAGAUAGGAGAGUUACAGAGGUUGCUGAUUCACUGCUUCUUCAAGAUGGUACCAGUGACAGCAUCGUGAUACCUCGAAAAAUCAAAGAAUGCUUGAGUUCGAUAUUCGGAAUUGGGAUUGCGUGUUCUGCUGAAUCCCCAGCAGACCGAAAGGAUAUCAGUGAUGUUGCAUCUGAGUUGCACUCCAUUAGGGACAAGCUUCUUGUGUAG